CUCCCUAUCAUCUCUCCUCUCCCUUUCCCCCUUCGCCCGCCGCUGGCUGUCCCCCUCCCCCCCCCACCCCCAGUAGCACCAUGUCCAAACCCUCUUUCCUCGUUCUCGGCGGUGUCGGCUUCAUCGGCCGCAACUUCGUCACCCACCUCGUGGAGAAUGACCUUGCCUCGGAGAUCCGCGUCGUGGACAAGGCCCUCCCCGCCACUUCCUUCAUGAACGCUCGCCACAAGGCCGCCUUCGAGAAGGUCGAGUUCAAGCAGGCCAACCUGUCGGUCCCGGCCUCCAUCACCGCCUCCUUCGACAAGGAGGGCGGCGACUUCGACUAUGUCAUCAACCUGGCCGGCGAGACCAAGUACUCCCAGAGCGAGGCCAUCUACGAGGAGCGUGUCUUCAACCUGACCGUCAACUGCGCCAAGGAGGCCGCUGCCCGCAAGGUCAAGAAGUUCAUCGAUGUUUCCACCGCCCAGGUGUACGACGCCGGCAAGUCUCCUUCCGAUGAGAAUGGCAAGAUCAAGCCCUGGACUGCCAUUGCCUCCUACAAGUACAAGGCCGAGCAGGCCAUCAAGCAGAUCCCCGGUCUCAACUAUGUCAUCCUCCGCCCCGCCAUCGUCUAUGGCCCGGCCGACAUCUCCGGUCUCACCCCCCGGCUGGUCGUUGGUGCCGUGUACAAGCAGCUGGGCGACGAGAUGAAGCUCCUCUGGACCAAGGACCUGCUCAUGAACACCGUGCACGUCGAUGACGUUUGCCGCGCCAUCCUCCUUGUCUGCGAGAAGGCCCCCGCCGGGAAGAUUUACAACCUGGCCGACACCGGCGCCACUGACCAGGAGAAGAUCACCUCCCUGGUGUGCAAGAUCUUCGGCAUCAAGAGCUCCUACCACGGGUCCAUUGUGUCCAACCUGGCCAAGCUCAACCUCGACUCUGCCACCGAGGAGGGCAACGAGAAGCACCUGCAGCCCUGGUCCGAGCUCUGCAAGGCCGAGCAGAUCACCAGCACCCCGCUCUCGCCGUACCUGGACAAGGAGCUGCUUUCCAACAAUGCUCUCUCCAUCGAUGGCAGCCUCAUCUGCAAGGAGCUCGGCUUCUCCUACUCCCAUCCCGUGGUCACGGAGGAGCUGCUGCGCGAUGUCCUCCGCCUGGCCAUCGAGACCCGUCUCUUCCCCAAGGGUGCUCUGAGCAUGUAAGCGGCGCGAGUGAGCACGUGGCGGCCAGGAUGCAGUGGCCCCGGGCCCCAGGGCGGGGGUGGACUCCGUGUGUGUGUAUGUGUGUGUGUG